UACUCAUGUACAUGGGAUGUUACCCGUGUACACGACCGUUAUUUGUGUAUACAACCGUUCAUAUACACACAAGCAUUACAUGUGUGUAUAACCAUUACUUGUACACACAACCGCUAUUUGUGCACACAAGCAUCGAUUGAAGGCGCCAAGCCUGCUCCUGCAACAUGCGGCUAGACUGACUUCGACUCCACUUCCGCUGCUCUUGUACCCAGCCGCAUCCGCGUCCACCACAACCAGACUUCAGGCUCAAACCAACCAGCCACACAUCAAACCUGGUAAGUCUCUCACACGUCCUGCCUCAACUGUCCCAUCUUUUCCCCCUAGAACACACUCCUCCGUCCACUUCUCGCGCAAACAUGCCCUCCCUAACAUCCCACCUCCUCCACCUCUCCCCGCCCUCCCUACACGCAGCAACGCAUCACCCCUUCCUCUCCCUCGCCGCCACAGCCUCCGCUCCCCCCGCCCUUCUCAAACACUGGCUCGCCCAAGACAGGCUAUAUGCCCUCUCCUACCUCUCCUUCGCCGGCACCCUGUUAUCCCGGAUUCCCAUGCCGACCCACGCGGAAAGGGAGAAAAGUCUCGAAUGGCGGGCCGCGGACCUGAUCAUAGAGGCGCUGGUGAAUAUUCGGAGGGAAGUGAGACUGUUUGAGGAGACGGCUGAAGCGGAGGGGUGGUUGGAGGAGAUUUGUGGGGUUGAGGCUAGUGUGCAGACGAGGGCGUAUCAGGAUCUCUUCGCGGGGGCGACGGCGCAGGGGCGGCCGUUGAUUGUGGGGUUAGUCGUGCUGUGGGCGACGGAAGAAGUUUAUCUGCGUGCUUGGCGGUACGCGAAGGGUAAGAUGGACCCCGGUGUGAGUGAUGGGGAGAAGGAUGUCAUGCAGCGGGUGUUCAUUCCGAAUUGGAGUAGUAGGGAGUUUGAGGCUUUUGUGCGGAAGCUGGGGGGUUUGAUUAAUAUGUUUGGCUUGGCUUGUGAGGGUGAGAGGGAGGAGCGAGAGGAGGAUGGGGAGGUGAGCUGGCAGUGGAGGGAGUGUGAGAGGGCUUGGGGGCAGGUGCUUUGGGCGGAGACGCACUUUUGGCCGGAUGUGGGGGGCGAGGUUAAGGCAAACGGUGCCGGGAAGGAAGAGGUGGAGAAGAGGAAGGGCGUGUUGAAGAAGUAGCAAUCCGGAUUAACAUACGAACGGAACUACACUACC